AUAGGGUGUUACUGUAAACAUCAACCUGAGUUGGACGGGCAGGUAAAACCCGUCCGUAGGUUUAAUUAUUCGCAUUACUUAGACGUCUAAUUAAAUGUUUUUCUUUUUUUUUUUUUUUGGCAUAGAUCUGGUUUAUGCGCUAUGUCUAGAUCAAAUCGUGUGAUGCCAGAUCUACUAAGAUGAUUAAAUUAACACACUAAUUUUCCAAUGGAUGACUUUUUCGAUCUAUAUCUAUAAAUAAUAAUUUAAAUAAGACAGUAAAAUCGUCAAUUCGAUUGGAACAAAAAGAAAAAUGGCGUCAAAAUGCCAAAAGUUUGUUCCUAAUAUGUUUAAUAAAUCAAAGUGCCAGCAUUGUUUUGCGGCAAAAGAAGCACACUCUGCAGCAGCUCUGGAAAACAAUAAGGCCUCAAGGAAGGUUUCAAAAUGUGGUUACUUAUUUGUGUCUCCUGGCUUUGAUUUUAACAAUCCUCUGGAUAGAUCACGAAGGUGGCAAAGAAGAUUUUUUCGCCUUUAUGAUGAUGGAGAGUUUUCAUAUUGUGUAGAUGAAAAUCCUGAUACAGUUCCACAAGGAAUAGUUGACAUGAAUAAAUGCACUGAAGUAUUGGAUGCUCAAUCUAUUACUACUCAUUCUUACUCAUUGUCCAUAGUAACACCUGAAAAAACGUUAUUCAUUAAAGGGAAUUCUAAAGAAGAAAUUCAAUGGUGGCAUGACGUGCUGGCUGAGUUUCCAAAAGCUCUUAAAAAUGUGAAACCAAGGAGGAAACAACCCUGUCUCAUCCUUAGCAGCAACAAAGAGCAAGAAAUUGAUUCUGUUGAUGGUAUUUGUGAAGGUAAAAUUGAUUUUAAAUCAGAUGCACCAGCGUAUGUAACAUUCAAAGGUGUGCGGAGUCUUAAACACAAAUAUGACAACUCUUAUCAAGAGGGUUUACGGAAAAGCAGUAGCCUGCAUGACCUUUCCUCUGAAAACCCUGAAAUGAGAGAGUCUCUGGAGUCAUCACGUUACCUGAGCCGUUCAGGGGACAGGCUGGACACUCUUACUAGAGAGAGCAUCUAUUCUUUGGCUCGGAACACGCCUGUAAGUGUUCACAAAUCCACAGUGCCACAUUCACCUUGGAUGCGCAGCAGUUCCCUCAAUUCAAACGUUACUAGAAAUGUUGCAUCCUCACAUUCUUCCAUUUCAUCUUCUUCCUCGACGACCUCGGACAGGCAGGUGACAAACACUAGUAAAAAUGCCAAUGGCAAGCUUCACAGAGAAAGAUCUUCAAGCCUGCGAGAUUUUUCAACUCAGUUCAGCCUCUUGCGUGAAGGUUUGGACAAACCUUUGCAAGCCCCUGAUGAAACAGACAGCAACCAAACAGAUGAAUUAAAAAUAGCACAAAGUUCAGAAGUUAAAACUUCUGCUCGACCAAUUAGGUAUAAGUCUUCCAGCACUUCAUCUGUUAAAGGGCAGUCUGUCUCCAAUAAGUUAGAGGAUCUAGUGUAUAUGAAGAAAGGUUGGUUAAUUAAACAAGCCUCAACUGAAAAGGAAUCACACAAACAUUGGUUUGUAUUAGCUGGAAACUCUUUAAGAUACUACGAAGAUGCUAAAGCUGAGGAAGCCAAUAUUUUAGAGGGCCGAAUUGAUUUAUCCACUUGCUAUGAAGUAGCAGAAAUUUCUACUCACAGGAACUAUGGUUUUAAAAUAAAGACUGGAAAUGGUGAGUACAUUCUGGCAGCCAUGACUUUAGGUAUUCGCACCAACUGGAUGAAAGCUCUUCGUUUGUGCAUGGAGCUACACAGUUCUAUACCCAAGUGGAAAUUGUCUUCCAAUGCUUCUCCAUCUACCACUCUAAGCCAGCAGAGAAGUGCAUUAGAUGACCUUGAGUUUAAGACAUCCUGUACAAGUUUAACUGCAGCUGUGAAAGGAGUGGGUGGAGAGACUGCAUUUCAACUUGUGGGCCACAAAGACCCUUAUAAAAAAGAAGUGCCAAGGCAAGCUAGGCGCCACCAUUCUGAUGUUAACCCCAGUAAUGUGAGCAAAGUUUUUUCAGUCAAAGAGUUCUCUCCUACUCUUGAACCAGCCAAAGAUUCUCCAGUUAUCAACCCGCUCACAGGGGACAGCUCAGCUUUGUCAACUGCUAAAAACAACUUUAGUGGAGCUAAAACAUUAGGCUCUUCCCUUGAAAGCACCCCAAAGUCUGCCAGAUCAAUUUCCAGAGAAGGAGUCCUGAACCUUAAACGAGAUGCAACUGACUCAUCAUCUUUAACAUCCAGCAGUGGAGCUGCUGCCCAAGGUCCAGAACAAAUUCUGCAGACCCCUAAGCGCAAUAUUACCAGUGAAAGUAACAAGGAGGAAGUGAAGCGUGAAAUGAUGCGUUAUGCCAAAGCACCCAGUGCAAGAAUUAAAGAGAAGACCAGGGUCUCAAAAUCAACCCUUUCCCAUUCAUCCAUUUCCUCUGUAGAAGAUGCUUAUGGGUUCCACUUGGCCUCAGAUGCUGGAUCAGCCAUGUCAGAUACCACCAAUGAUCCAACCUUUAAUGACAGCCACAUGUCAGAGGAAGAUUCUGAAGAUUACCCAGCUCAUGAAGAUACAGAUAAUGAUGAGGUUGGCAGUGCAACAGCUUCAGAUGUGAUUGCUGAUGAUGCUCUUGUGGAAAUUUUGGAAACAGAGGUUGAAACAUUAAAAGACAGACUAGAACUAACUCAAACUGAACUGGACAAAAUACACAAGGAUAAUUUGGAUCUCAAGUCUCGAUUACAUAAGGAGUCUAUCCAGAGCGUAGAUAGUGGUUAUAGCAGCCGUUGGGGAGGACAGAACACAGCAUCAAGUGACAGCAACAACUGGCUUGUACCUGCCACUAAUAAUAAUGAGAUGUUAAAACGACAUUUAAAGGAAGCUAAAGAUACUAUUCAACGGCAGAAAAUGGACAUAGAAGGUUUAAAAAGUAAGCUGGAUAUGUCUGUGUCUAAAUUGACAGGGACAGAAAAAGCUUUGUCUGAAGCUUUAAGAGACUGCAAGCAGGAAAAAGAUAAGUUUGGGAAAUUAAGCUCAGAAUUUAAUCGCCGCAUUCGCUCCAUGGAAAAUCAGUCAAAAGAUACAGUUCAUAAGUUGGAACGAAACAGAGAAACUCUUCAAGCCAAGGAGCGUGAAUGUCGCAGGCUUGAAGCGGAGCUGAAAACAAACCUUCAGAGGACCAGGGAACAAGAAAGAGAGAUUCUCAAACUCAAGGCAGUAGAGCAUGAAUACAAUCAGUUAAAAGAGAAACUUGAUGACAGGGAACAUGAGCUAGCCAACUUGAAGUCUGAAAUGAAAGAGAAAGAGCACUUUGCCAAGAAAAUAAAAGAUGAUUAUGAGAGUCAUCUUGAGGAGCUUGAUAGAGAGUUUGUUAAGGAAAGAGAUGAUCUAGAGAACCAUGUGGAGCAGCUGAAGCUGGAACUCUACUCUGCCCAUGAUAGGCAGGCUUCUAUGACAGACAAUAUGACAUCCAACAUAGCAGACAUAUUGAAAGAGAAAGAUGACAUCAUAGCUCAGUUAGAAGAAAAGAUGAUUGAAGCAGACAAAAAACUUGUGGAUCUCUCUGAAGAGCUUCAUGCAGAAAUGGGUGAAAAUGCUGACCUGGCUCAUAGUAUAGACAUGUUACAAAAGGACCAGGUUAAGUUCACAUCUACAAUUGAAGAGCUGAACACCCAGUUGAUGGCCAUGAGGACCAAAGUGUCUGGCCUGGAAUCUGACAAUACAUCUCUCAGAAGACAGCUGCAGGAGCUUAGGAUUGAGAACACGCAGCUGCACGAGGGCUUCUGCAAUCAAGACAUUGAUGGAUUGGUGGCCUUACAUGUUGAUAAGGAGAGGGAUGAGCUGAGACAAACUGUUGUGGAACUGAAUAGACGACUUUUUGACCUCCAGACCAAAAUGGAGCAAGUUCAGAUUAUGGCUGAUAAGAAGUAUGAAAGAGGAGGAUCUGUGAACAGCAUCAGUAGCCUGGCCAGUGACCACCAGCAAGAUCUCCUUCACAAUGUUCUCAUUGUAGAUUCUCAACUAAAAGAAAUCAGCGCCACCAUGUACUACAUCCACCAAUGUUUUGACACUUACAUUGAGUCUUUGCCUGAAAGGGAGCAUUCUAAAGUGAUGAAGCUGUCAAACUUAAUAGAGAAUGUCUGCCACAAAUGUAAAGAAACCCAAGACAUUCUGCGGGAGGGUGGGGGUCCAGCUGUAAAUACAGACUACUCUCACGUCAUCACAGUGAAUGCUCAAACCAAUGGUAAGAUCAUUAUGGAGGAGUACUUCAACUUGAAAGAAAAGUUUGACCUAAUUGUGGCUGAGUUGAGGAAAUUAAAAUUUAGUUCCGUAGACUCAUGUAAAUCUUGUGAUGCUGCUAAGCAAGAGGAAGCUAAAUUAAAGGAGAAACUAACAUCAAUACAAACUUCCUAUAGCAAGCAACUUGAUGAACUAACUACUAGAGUUGAAAAACUAGGUGCUGGACAGACCAGUUCUGGUAUGUCCACUACUAAAGAAAAUACAGGUGUCAGUAUGAAUGAUAUUGAGGCUCAGUUGAGUAAACUAGAGAAGCAGAUACUUAGCUUAGAGAAAGUGCCUUCCACUACUAAGCCUGUUGGGGUCACCAUUCAGCAGUCAGAGGAACUAGAUAAGUUAAGUAGUAUGUUACAGACUGCUCAUUCACAAAUAGAAGCAGUUGUAGCCCAAGCUAAACAGACUAACACUUUGUCAUCACCAGUUUUCUUUAAGCUGGAAUCUAGUGGUAAAAGGAUUGAUUCCUUGUCUUCCAAUCUUCAUUUACCUGAUAAAACUAGUAUGACUAAUAGCAAAGAGGCAAGCCAGAUGGAAUCAACCAUUGUGGCUGGAGGUGUGAUGAAUUGUCUCAAAGAAAUCAGAGAAAAAGUUCAGGAAAUUGGGGAGCAGUUGGACUUGUUAGAUGAAGAGGAUGAGGACUCUGACAGUGAGAAUGAAGGUGAUCAGACAACUGUGAAUGACAUUCGUGACAGAUUAGCCCAGCUGACAGAAUACAUAGAAGAACAUUCUAAGUUAGACACAUCUGACUGGGCCCUGUUAAGGCUUGUCACUUUGCAUAAAGAAAGUCUGGCACCUAAAAUAGAAAACACAGAGUCUAUAAACACUGACAUUGACUCCACAAAGUUGAAGUUAUUUUCAGACAAACUUGCUUUGGAGGCUGUAAUUCUCUCAGAAAUGUCUCAUAUCCUUCAGGCUAGAGAUUAUUUAUCUCCUCCUGACAUUGUAAAUAAGGAAAUUGAUAUGUUAAAUAGCCAAAUGAUUUCCCUUUAUCAAAUGUUGGACAAUGAAAUGAAAACUAUGCACUUUGAGGAGCAACUACCUGAUGUUUUUUCUAGCUAUAUAGAAUUGGUGGCAGAAAAGAUUUUAAUCAAUGGUCAUCUGUGUAGCAGCUUAUUUGACCAGAAGUUCCACAUAAGUGUCAAAAGUGACACCCCAUCCUCAAUUCAACCUGGACUUUUAGCUGUUGAAGCACUUGAGCGAAGUCAGAUUGAUUCAUUCAUCAGCACUAACUUAGAUCGAACCUCUAAAGAUAUCUUGGACAUUCCGACUCAUCUUACAAACCAUGCCAUUGUUCAAGGGGAACUAACUUUUGCACUAAGGCACUUGAAAGCUAAGUUAGUUCAUUGGCCAGAAGCUUUAGAGCCUGGGGCUGGAAAUCACCAGUUUAUUCUGAGCCAGUUACUACAAAGACAGAAGAGAAUCGGACAGUCGUUUGACUCUUAUUUUAAACAGAUUGUCCAUUCUCUGGCUGUUAUUAUAUUCAAAGAGAGUGAAGAAAUGACAAUAGUGCAAGGUCCUGAAAGUGUGAUGGAGUCCAUGUGUUCUGAACUAUCCACGAUUAUUGAAACACAUAUUCAGUCCUUUAAAGAAAAUUGUCGCAAUGCACAGAACACACAUAUUGCACACAAGUAUGACUUGAUAGUCAAUGAGUUGCGAUCAGUCAGAGAGGCAACACUCAGUGAAAUAAAACUAAAGCAUGAAGCUUAUGUCAAAAAUCAGACAGACAUAAGAGACUCCAGCUUGGACAUACCAGUUCAAUCCCUUGAUAACACAAUAAAAAACUUUGGGGAAAUUUUAGCACUAAAAGCAAUAAUGAUGGGAUCCAGUGUUUUUGUCAUGGAGCUUAUUAAGAUGGGCAGCUCUGUACUCUCUGACUUGGAACUAGACUUGGGUGACAUGACACAAGUCAAACCCAGUUUAGAGAAAGGUCUAUUCAGCUAUGUUAAUGUUUUGUGUCAAUCACUAGAGGAGGAAGCAUUGUCUAAGUAUAGUUUGUCUAAGAAAGUAAUGGAUGAAACCAGCAGUGAUCAUUCUGAGGAGGAGGGUCAGACAUUGCAGGAUGUAGUUCUUCAGAUUCCGGACUUAUCUGGCUACUCUGGUUUAGCAGAAGUGGUAGUCAGAGAAGCUGUUCACAGCGCCCAGUUAACAUUCUCAUUAUUCAAACAAAAACUCACAUAUGACCGUGAGCUGAGCAGGACCAAGGGGAGAAGAUAUACCCAAGCAAAGCAUGACCAAGAAAGUGGAGACUCUGAGGAGGCACUGGAGCUGCAGGCAGAUAUUCAGGCUUUGCUGGGACCAAUUGAAGAAGUUUUGGAGAGUAAACAUGAGGAUGAACUGGAAGUACUUGAUGUUCUCUUGGCUAUGAUUCGGCAGAUCAAACUGAACAACUUGCCCUCUGUAGAGGAACAAGUAAAGCAAUUAGAGCUGAAGUUGCAACAUGAGCAGGAGGUGGCCAAGGAUCGACAUAACACCUACCUUGAGGUCUUCAAACAGGAAACCAGUAAACUGGAGAAAACAUUAGAGGAGCUUCAGUCAGAGCGUGAUCAUUAUUUAGAAAGGUCUGAGCAGUUAGAAGAAGAUCUUAAUAUACUUCAGAUACAGCAUGAAGAAGAGAAGGAGAGAGAGAAACAAGACAUUCUUACUGCUGUUCAUGCCAUUAAAAGUAAUGAUGAAAAAAGUGGAACACAUCUGUUAGAAAAGUCUUCCAGAUUGGAGAAAGAGCUUGUUAUGCAAAAAAUCCAUUUCAGAAAACUAUUGGGUUCACUGAAGAAAGAUUUGGCAACUAAAGACAAGAGUAACAUAAUCCAGGGCAUAGAAGAGCACAUGAAAUUGAUGUCACUCAGUUCUGAAGAAGAGGAAGAAGAAGACUACCAGCCCCCUCUGCCCAGCCAACCCCCUCCUAAUGUCACUGUUCCAGAGCAGUCUGUUAGUCCAGUUCUGGAGGUUGCAUCCAAACCUCUGAACUUCAGCUCCCAUGAACAUGCUGUGGAACUAUUAAGAAGAGAGAAAGAAGAAGCUCUUGCAGAAGAAAUCAGAAAUACUAAAGCUGCUUUAGAUGCAGUGAGAAGUGCCUAUGAAGAUGAAUUAACCAAAGAAAAAGACAAGUAUAAAGAAGCUUUACGGACAAUGUUCACAGAAGAUUUUGUUGAAGAAAUUCGCCUAAGACAUCAAGAAGAAGAAAAUAGAAUGAGAGAAGAACUACAGAAACUUAACAUGCAUUACUCCAGUAAAUGUGAAGAUUAUAAGCUGCUGGAAAUGAAGCUUCAACAGACCAAACAAGAUUAUGAAAGUCAUAUCAGUCAGCUGAUAUCUAGCAAUGACCAUCUGGAAGAGUUGCUGAAUCGUGAAAUUGACAGUUUAAAGGAUUUUAUAAAAAAUAAGCCAUCAAGUUUAACAACUGGCUCAGUCACCAUGGAAGAGGAACUGUAUGAUGCUAAGAUAAUGGUGAGAGUUAAAGAUACUGAGCUUCAGAAGUUGCGAUCACAAGUGAAAAACUUAGAAAACAAUUUGCAUAGGACAACUGAGGAGCACAGACAGACCAUGACUUUAUAUAUGCAGACCAUGAAAUCAAACAGUGAGCUUAAGAAACAGCAUCAAGAGGAAGUAAGCCAACUUACAGACAAGCUGAACAAAGUGUUGGGGAGCCAAGGGCUUAAAGCUAACAUACGGCGAAAAUGUAAUCCACAAGAGUCUCUCAAGGCUCCAUCGUUUCAUCAACGUACUCGUAGCCCUAGUCCAGGAAACACAGCUUCUGUCCGUAAAGAAUCAGAUCAUUCUAGUAGAGAUUCUCAUCGGCGUAGGCACAUCCAUCCCAAAGAUUUAAGACGAUCAAAGAGCAGCCCUUCACUUCCUUUUGUAUUUGAUAAUAAGGCCAUAUCUCCUAAGCCGGCCACUCUAGGCUCUACUGCUAAAUCCAGAAGAUCACGUUCCCCAAAGUCUUAGUAGAUAAUUGUUAAUAAGAAAUGCACACCACCGGUGUCACAGUGUAUACUUUUGUUUUUAAACUUCAGUAUAGAAGAAUCUCAUAAUGCAAUAGAAGCUUUUAAGAAAUUAUUUUUUUUUUAGUUGUGAGGUUUAUUUUUAUAUCUAAGUUUUAUUCCAUGUUUCUCUAUUGUUUUGAAGAAUUGUUGUGAUGGACACUUAAGAUAUAUUCUUGCUUAAGAAUAUUAGGGACAUACAAGAGAUUAAUUACUAUUUACCUCAAGAGUUGAUGUUUAAAAGUUCCUUGAUUUCAACUUUAAACUUUUUUUUUUCUAAAAAGAACAAUGUUGUACAAAGAAAACUGUAAAUGUUCUGUAUCCUGUCCAGUCUCAUACACAAUCAUUUAUCACUGUCAGACAUAUCAUUGCUUGAUAUGGUGUUGUUCUAGACAUGUAUUCAAACUGUACAUAUAUUUGGACUCAACAUAUCCAUUAAAGAGAACUUACUGCUUCUAUUGUAUUUAUUACUACUGCUUUUUUGUUUGUUAUGCCAUUUAUUGCUAUUCAUUUUUUUAGUGUAACAAAGAGUGUAUCUGGUGCAGGCUAGUUGUACCAUUGCUAGACAUUUUAUUGUGAAUAAUGUAAAAGAAACAAUACUUAUAUUAAUAUUGACUUAAACUAUUUAUUUGUGAUGUUUGAUAAUGCUGGUUUGUGUGCAAUAGGUCAUUUAAGUGUAUUCAUUGCAGAAACGAAAAAUGUUUAUUUUAUAUUUACAUUACAUUGAACCAAGCAUCUGGUUUGUGUAGAACUUAACAAAAAAUGUAGAUUUUGUUUGUGUUUGGAAAUAGACUGUGUAUAGAAAGUUCAACUGUCAGGUUUUUUUAGGAAACUACUACUGUCCAGAAAAUGUGUUACACAUAACAUUUUUCAACUUUAGAAACUUUCUAUAAAAAUUCUCUUUGUAGUAUUGGACUAUUAUUUAAAAAUGCAAUUUGAAACCAAGAAACUAUUGAUUUAUCCAGUAUAUAAUAAUACAUUUUAUGUUUAGUAUUUUUUUUAGCAAAAAAAAAAAACAGAAAAAAAAAACAAUCACUAUUUGGUAGUUGGACAUUUUUUACUGACAAAAAAAUGAAAACACUUCAAAAGCUCUAGAUAACUGGAUCUUUUAAUGGUCAAAAAAUGAAAACACUUUAAAAGCUCCAGAUAACUGGAUCUUUUAAUGAUCAAAAAAUGGCAUGAAACUUAUUUUUUUGUAUUUAUAUUGCUAGGAUUGUGAAACAGUUUUGCAAUACUAGUUUAGCUAGGCCUGUGACUUGUCUCAUUCUUAUAUAGUCUUUGAACAAAUCAAACUCCACAAGACAGAACAAAUCUUAUUUAUGGAAAUAAAUCCAUGGUCUUAGUGGUUGAGAUUAUAGCCUGUAAGACUUUUGUCUGCAAGUACUUAGAUGUCUGGUGUAAGGAAUUCAGUCUUUUAGGGUGUUUUCUAUUUCCUUGUCACUUAGAAAUGCUUUAGCUGUGUAUUGGUCUUUUUAAUCAAGAGCUUUGGAGAAUUUUUUUUGUUUACAAUUGCAUGUUGAGCUUUGACAUUUAUCAAUAUUCCUUGAGAUUAAAUUGACAUGAACAAGCAUCUUCACCAUUCAAAAUGUACAUGAUAUCUUUACUUUCCUAAAUUAUAUUUAUGUUUGUUUCCAUUUGUAACUUUUGAGUUGUGGUGUGACAAGUAUAUUGUUUUCUAAACUGAAAUAAGUUUGUAAAAAAAAAAAGUUUGCUGUUUAUCAUCAAGUUUAUUAUUUUCAAACUUGAAAUUAAAAUUGAUUGCCUAACUAAAGAUGUUUUUUAAUACUAAUUAAUAACAUUCUAAAAUACAAUAAAUAUUAUUUAAUCUUUA